GAAGGGUAGCAAUGUAAGCGAAGCCAUAACGUUGAUUUAAAUAUCAUCCAGGUGACCAUAAUAAGUCAGACUCAUAAAAUAUCAGUGUCACUGUAUUAGAUCCGGAUCGUCUGAGCUAGCUUUUAUGAUCUGCAAAUUACAAUGUGCUGCUGCCGCAGUAAAAAGUGUUUUUAACGUUGAAGAGGAGGAUGGGCUUGCUGUGCUCGGCUACAGAGAGGAGCUUCCUUUUCAUAUGCUGUAGGACGAGCCGGGAUCUUACUUUGUGAUGGUUGGAUUAAAAAAAAAACAUUGCAAGGCGAGGGAUGAAAAAGCCACGCGGUCUAUUGGGACGUAGGAAUUCGGCUAAAAGGAACACAAGGGCGCGGUGAAAGGAGGCUGAGGACGUCGUCAUGUCGGCGAACUAUUUUGUGGAUUCACUGAUAAACAAUGAACCUCAAGAGGUGCUCAAGGCCAGCGCGCAUUUCUCAGACAUGUGUUCAUCGCCAUUUUUAUCAGCAGACUGUUCACACCUUUCUUCGUGCAGCUUUGCAUCCAAAAAUGCUGUCUUCGCGUCGUCGUGGGAUUCAAUAUAUUCACAAAAUUCCGUGUUUUAUGCCAAACAUCCGGGCAUUGGCGCAGACUCGAGGUUUUUACAGCCGUGGAUUGAACCUGCAGUGAGCAGUAGAAAUUACGAGGUGAAAUCUGGUGACUUCUCAGACAUGAGACAUAAAGAAAACUCGGGUUAUUUCUACAAACCAUCGACUCCUACAAAGACUCAGCAGAUCAACUCUCUUCCACUCAACUCCGGAAAGACUAAAGAAGACAAACCCGGGUUAGAUCCCAAUAACCCCGCGGUCAGUUGGAUAAAUGCAAAGUCAACAAGAAAGAAACGCUGUCCUUACACUAAAUAUCAAAUUUUAGAGCUGGAAAAGGAAUUUUUGUUCAACAUGUACCUGACCCGAGACCGUCGGUACGAAGUGGCACGCGACCUCAAUCUCACGGAGCGGCAGGUCAAAAUCUGGUUUCAAAAUCGACGCAUGAAAAUGAAGAAAAUGAACACGGAUAUGACUCAUGGCAACAAGUAGCGCAUUCAUUAGCGACACAUUUUCUGGACAAAACUUCAAUUCUAUUGUAUAUUUUCCAGGGGAAAAUACUUAUUGUGAUAUGAUGUUAUCCAAAGUAGCAAAUGUAACAUAGCCUAAUAUUAGAUUUAAAAAGUGAAAACGUUUAAAGUCUGAAACAUGCAUAGUUUCUACAUUUGAACGUUGUAAUCUUGUUGUUGUUGAUUUUGUCAGCAGUAUUAUUCUCCUUCAGUUUGCCUUUUUUAUUACACAGUUACAAUAUGUAACUGAAAGAGCAUGUGUUUCCUUAUAACAUUAAGUAUUUCUUAUAACAAUUUUGUAUGAAAUAAACCAUUCUGCUGAUGACGAAAGCAAAUGGAGUAAAAGUGUUGGACGGCCAGAACACCUGAAGUAUUCUGAUUAAAAAAAACAACGGAAUUUUGAUUAACAUCUUUUACUGUUCUCUUCUUCUUCUUUUUCUUCUACUCAAGCCCCUUUUAUAAGAAAUAUUUUGAAAUUACAAAAUAUAAGGGGAAGUUCAUUUUACAUUGCCUUAUUAUUGUCUACCAAAAAAAUGGUUAUUUCAGAGUUGUUAUAAAUGUGAGCAGUGUUAUUGCCAUGCUGAAACUUAAGCUUCAUUACUUUGUUUUUAUGCUUACUAAUAUAAAAAAAAAACAA